AUGCUUUCCGAGCAGACACGCAACAUCGUAAAGGCCACAGUGCCGGUCCUCGAGCAACAUGGUACUACUAUAACCUCAGUUUUUUAUAAAAACAUGCUCAAUGAUCACAAAGAACUCCUCAACACCUUCAAUAAAACUAAUCAGUCCAGGGGCUUGCAGCCCACUGCUUUGGCCAUGACGGUGCUAGCAGCCGCUAAAAACAUUGACAAUUUAGAGGUGCUCGUGCCACACGUCGUACAGAUCGGCCACAAGCAUCGUGCAUUGCAGGUGCUGCCAGAGCACUAUCCUAUAGUUGGUGAGUACUUAUUGAAAGCAAUUAAGGAGGUUCUCGGAGAUGCUGCCACAGACGACAUCAUAAACGCUUGGGCAGAUGCAUAUGGCGCCAUUGCUCAGGUAUUUAUCGAUGUCGAGGCUGGCCUGUACAAAAACGCCGCCUGGAGUGGCUGGAAAUCAUUCGAGGUUGUGAAACGUGAGAGUGUGGCAGAUGAAAUCGUGGAGUUCACUGUCGUGCCUUCCAAAGAAUCCGGAAUUGAUCUUUCCACUCGUCUCUUUGUUCCUGGACAGUAUGUGACAGUGAAAACGCACCCCACAAAUGACAACAAUCAAUACGACGCCCUUCGUCAUUACUCUAUCUGCUCCUCUUCUGCGACUGACGGCCUCAAAUUCGCUGUCAAACGCGAGCACGAUGCGGAACAUUCCGGCUUAGUCUCCACUUUUCUCCAUGACAGCGUUGAAGCAGGGGACAGUAUCUAUUUGAGUGCUCCUGCAGGUGAUUUCGCGCUUGACAACGAUCUCAAAAAGCAGACUGAGGUGCCAGUUGUUUUCUUAAGCGCAGGUGUCGGUGCCACACCUUUAGUGUCGAUGCUUGAGGAACAAGUAGAGGUGAACCCAGAAAGACCUAUUUUUUGGAUCCAGUCAGCUUACAACCGGGAAAGACAGCCCUUUGCUUCCCGCGUCGAGAAAGUGCUUGAAAAAUGCAGCAAUGCUACAAUUGAAUCAGUGCACACACAAACUAUGCCCCGGAUAGAUUCGAAAUACCUCUUGGAAAAACUCCCAAAGCACUCAGACAUCUACGUUUGCGGUUCUUUUGAGUUCAUGUCAACUAUCAUUGACACACUUAAGGCCCUCGACCACAGCGAUGACAGGGUCCACUACGAACCUUUUGGUCCUAAGAUGGCCACCGGUGCCUGA